CUGCAGCAACUUUAAAAUCGCUGCUAGGAUUCUUCGUUUUUCUGUGGUAACCGCAAUCCCGAAAACGAGGGUAAUGGUGGGUAACCAAUUUGACCCAGGGGAGGGAAUAACUUUUAAAAAAAAAAUUCUAAGUUUGAUAUUCUUAGCUUCCAUGCAUCCCAGAGCCUUAGAUUUUGGCAAUUAUUUGAAACAACUGUUCUAAAUCGUUAGAUAAAGUCUUUUUGAUGGUUAAAAAAAUCUUUAACAAGCAAUUAUUAAAAUCCUCCUUCUUCAACAUUCAAAAAAAAUUGACAUGUGGUUAACCCGAUUUCCCAAUUUUUUCAAACAUAACCCGAAAAUUGAAAAAAAUAGAAUUCUUUGGCGACUAAAUGUAAUUUAAUGCAAAAUAUGUAAAAACCGGAAGAUAUGUUAAAUAACAUUGGCUUUUAACAACUUUAAAAUUCUUUCUAGAACUAAGUAUUUAGAUUUUAAACAUACAGAGGUAUUUUGUUUAUUUCAAACAUCCGAUGAUUUCACAGAAAGAAUGAUGAUAUAAGCAACAUUUUAAUACAACCAUUUUAUUCUUUUAUGACUAUAAUAUGUUUAAUUUCAUUCGGAAAACCCAAACGAAAGCUAUGGAGAAAGAGCGAAAUCCGUCAGACGCAACCAACGAGUUGAAAACUUAAGCACGAGUCUUUAAAGAUCUCUUGUCCAGCAAUUUUUUAAGUUGUAAAUUAAUUCAAAAGCAUCUCCAUGAGACAAGCAGGUUUUAAAAACGGGUAUACUGGCCCCCGGCACCACAACUCUGACCCAAGGCUCUUCUACGGCUAGUAAUAAAAACUUCCCUGAGGGGAGUGAGUCCGUUAAGUCCGUGGAAAUAUCGAAACCGAAAGCGUUGUAGCGGACAUGUAUAUUCUUUUAUAGCCAGGAGACCCAGAUAAUUUUUCAUACAAUCGGGAAAUCAGCAUAAUUACGGACAAGAUGAUACAAAACACAACACCACCUCUGAUGUCGUUUUUAUUAUUGACUCUUCCACAAACGUGGCUCAAAACUAUGAUAUCAUCAAACAGUUCAUAAUAAAUAUUAUAUCCAGGUUUACUUUGUCAAAACAACAAACAAGACUUGGAUUAAUAUCAGCAGGGCAGUCUGCUAACACAGUUUUUACAUUGUCAGAUGAAUAUAAUGUUCCGAAAUACACUGCUAAAAUUAGGAAUAUGCCUCUUAAAGUCGAUUCACACGCAGAACUGGAACCGGCGUUGAAAAAAGCUUAUGAAAUGAUGUCUGAUUCUCAAGCUGGUGCCCGAUCUGGCGUGCCAAAAGUAUUAAUCAUUUUGACGGCAUCAUUUAACAAUGAAACUGGCAAAGAAAUGGAUUACGUCAGGAAGUUACAACAGUUAGGCACGUCUUUAAUAUCAAUUGGCACUGGAUCUUCAAUAAACCCAAUUUUGCUUUUCCAAUUGCCAAGAAACCCAAGUAACUCAAUAUUAAUUGAAGAUUUUAACAAAUUGACGGAUAGAGAACAGUCGGAAAAUGUUGUGAAAAGGAUUUUAAAAGCAUCAGAGUUUAGAUGUUUUAGUGAAGUUGAUGUUGGCUUUAUACUUGAUUCAUCGGGUAGUCUUCGCAAUUCGUAUGACAAAGAGAAAGAACUUUUAAAGAGGAUAGCUGGAACUUUUGUUAUUGGUCAAAAUCAAGCAAGAAUGUCUGUUGUAACAUUUAGCUACCAUGCAUCCCUUUCUAUUAAAUUUUCUGAUUAUGAUGGUGAGACUGACUUCUUUCAAGCAGUAGACAACAUACCCUUAAUGGGAUAUACAACAAGAAUUGAUAAGGCAUUAGAAAUGGCAAAGGAUAGCAUGUUUAAUGAAAAAAAUGGAGCUCGUGUAGGUGUACCAAAGAUAUUAAUUCUUUUAACUGAUGGUUCCCAGUCCCCUUCAUCCGAUGCAACAGAUCCAGCUGUCCUUGCUAAAAAAAUCCGAAAUACUGGAAUAAACCUCUUAGCUAUUGGAAUUGGAAAAGGUAUUAACCAAACUGAAUUGGAACACAUUGUUGGAUCUUCGCAGAGUACCUUUCAAGCUGCCUCUUUUGAUGAAAUAACCACGUCGAAUUUUAUAACCAAGGUGGCAAGUGGAAGUUGCCGGAAAGCUAAGGAACCACCUAAACCGAGCUGUGAAGCUGUCGUGGACGUCGGUUUCAUACUCGACUCUUCUGGUAGCCUUAGAAACGAGUAUGGGAAGGAGAAGAACUUCUUAAAGAGUAUGGCGACCACGUUUGGAAUAAGCGAAAACGGAUCCAGGGCUGGCGUGGUGACAUUCAGUUACUACACCGAGCAUAGCAUCAAGCUGAGCGAUUACACAGAUUUAGCCCGGUUCAAUGAAGCCGUUGAUCGCAUCCCGUUAAUGGGCAGAACAACAAGGAUCGACAAGGCCCUUCGUGUCGCACAAAAGGACCUGUUCAGCAUAAGCAAUGGUGGCAGGCCAGGCGUUCCCAAAAUCCUGAUCCUCUUGACAGAUGGUUCACAGACUCCAGACGCUGACGCUGAAGAGCCGGGAGAUAUCGCUGACGAACUCAGGAAACAGGGAAUUACCAUCCUUGUAGUCGGCAUUGGCAGUGGAGUUAACUCCACGGAGUUGGCGCACAUUGCCGGAAAAACAGACAACGUGUUUAGCGCUGCCUCCUUCGAUCAACUGGUAGGCAAUGAGUUCGUGGACAAAAUCAAAGAGGGAGGCUGUGCAGCAGGUGAGUUUUUUAAUCGGACUACGUGCAAGCGCAGCCAAACGCACUCUGUUCUCUCGGAAGGUCUUUCUCACUGUCGACUUUGGACGUAGCGUGUAGACACGUCGAGUU